CAUCAUUAUCAGGCAGCAUUCCUGAAGCAAUGUGUGGCAGAAUGGAUCAGCAGAAGUUGCAGUGCUUUGGUGCACAGUGCUACGAAAUGAAGAUUGAAAUUCCAAUCUGCCAAGGGACUUUCAUCUGUGGUUGCAACUGCACCGGAUGCCGCUCUAGACAUGCCUGAAGUGGACAAUGGACCCCAGCAUGGUCCUCUGGAAUGUUACUCUACUACACGUACGGUACCGGUACAAGCAGUUGCAAUUCACCGCGACAGCGUAGUUCAUACCCGAUCUUUCGAAGAGUCUUCGUAGCUCUGCUGGCUCCAGAUAAGAAGUCUGGGAUGAACCAAUGACACGCUUGUGAAUGUUAUAGAUGCAAAGACUGCUCUCAAGCAUCUCUUCAUUCUAGCUAGCUAGUUCAUUUUCUCAAGAUACGCUCUCCAAGCACUGUUUUGCUUGUAUUUUUCGAAGAUGGGAUUCCAUGGCAAGGCCACCCAUCACGACAAGCAUCAUCGCUCUCGACGUCGACACCAAAGCAAGAACAGGACAGGAUGGUUUGCUUGGACAGUGGUUUUUGGUUAUGCCUUCACGUUGAUCUUUGUUGUCCAGGAUUUGAGUCAUUUGAACCGCUUCCAUAAGACGAUCAAGGCAAUGGGAACGGUAGAUAAUCGUGAUGGUCGAAAGCUCCAUGAACAGCAAAGUGACACUCUGGGCCCGGAAAGGAACCAACACAUCCACUGUGCGAGUUGGGAGGAUGCAUCCAGGAUGGAUGAAUGGUGGCAGGAUCAUCCAGAUUGGGAACCAUCACCAAAACAUGAAACAGAUGAUGAAGCCUGCUUUGUUCCCAUCGAAAACCCCGAGAAGGCGGCCUUCUUUCGCCAUUUGCGGGAUUACCUUGCAUCAACCGUCAAUUGUUCUUUGGAAGCAUCCAUGAUGGAUUCAGCAGGCGACGACGACACCAUGAUUGUGUCAAAGGAGGAGGAAUCAGAAUUGGAAAGUAUCAUUCAAGAUGCAGUGGAAGAGAUUUGGAAAUCUCGAAACGACCGCGAAAGCACUGGGCCGAUGCAAUCUGCCUUCAAUACAGCCAACUGCUCUUCGGGCAAAACUUCGUACGACGCGUGGGCUUGCUCUUUCCUGCCUCUGACAAAAUGCAAUGAGCACAUCAAGACCGAGUCAAUUGUCCCUGCUCCCAUGCGAGGUGCCGGUGAUGAAGCCUGGCUCCCCUCUUCCUCGGGUGCACAUCAAAACGGAAGUGACACCAUCCAGCAACAGCAACAACGAAAGAGCUGGCUAUAUUCAUAUCUAAUGCGCCCCAAACAGGCAGUACGACAAAAGUUAAGACGGACAAUGCUCCCAACUCAGAUUCCCAAUCCCGAUGCCUGUAUCGCAUUCUUCAUGCCAUCGACAACAGAAGCACAGAACUCUCGGGAUAUCAUAAGACACUACCUAGAAUCGGCCGAUGGAAUCUUCAUGCAUGAUACCGAAAAUGCUACCACCACAGGUGCGUCCACGGCGAUUCUGCUCUCGGAUGACACGAAACUGUUGUCAGGAGCGCAAGUGCUUUCCUCCAACCAUCACUGGAUUCUCCUGUCCAAUUCUGGCGACAUCUCGCCCACCACUUUGGCCGUAAACGGGAAAACCUCCAACGCCACUGCUUCCAGUGAUGAUGACAACGAUGAUGACGAUGACACCAAUUCAAACGGGGCAAUGGACAAUCUGCUACGUGUAGUUGCUCGGUGGAACUUGGCGGGCCAGUGCAAGGCCGCGGUGCACAGCAGCAAAGACGCACCAAGGAAAGCUUUCCUGUCGCACGCCAUGAUGGCACAACACGGCGUUGGGAACUACACUCUUUACCAGGUUGAGACGAAUCUUUUGGAGGAGGAUGGGAAGAUUGCUCCUCAUGGAACUGACGUACCGGUACCUACUAUGACUACUUGGGAGACCGUAGCUGGCUACAUAUGGGAAGAAGCACGUACUCUUGCAGUGUGGGCCAGAAAGGCCGCCAAGGUCAUGAUGAUGGGUUGUGAACCAUUGCUCUGUUCGGGGGCUUGACUGGUGAUCAUUUCGGUAGGCCUGUGGGCAAUAGUUUGAGCCAAACGAAAGGAUGGCUCGAGUUGGCGUACUGUGCGGCAAUGAGAUCCUUUUUUAAAAUUAGUCUUAAAAAGUCGAUUCGAUUCAACUUCUUCUUGGCUAGCUAGCCAUGCUAUAA